AUGGGGUCGCAGGUGUUGCAGAUCCUGCGCCAGGGGGUGUGGGCCUCGCUCACCGGCGGUUGGUUCUUCGACCCGCACCAGAGUACCUUCUCCAACUGUUUCCACCUCUAUGUAUGGAUCUUCUUGCUCACCUUUCCCUUCUUGCUGUACAUGGUCCUGCCCCCCAGCCUGCUGGUGGCUGGUGUGUACUGCCUUGUGGUGGCUGUCAUCUUUGCAACCAUCAAGACCGUGAACUAUCGGCUACAUGCCAUGUUUGAUCAGGGUGAGAUUGUGGAGAAACGCAACUCUACGAUGGGAGACCCUGAGGAGGAGCCUGCCCAGGGGGACAGCAGUCCGCCCAGGGACCCAGGAGUGGAGAUGACGGUAUUUCGGAAAGUGAGUUCCACACCCCCAGUACGCUGCAGCUCCCAGCAUUCUGUGUUUGGCUUCAAUCAGGUCUCGGAGCUGCUGCCCCGGAUGGAAGACUCUGGGCCCCUCAGAGACAUUAAGGAGCUGGUGCGGGAGCAGGGCAGUAACAACGUGAUCGUGACCUCAGCCGACCGGGAGAUGCUGAAGCUUAGCUCACAGGAGAAACUGAUUGGAGACCUUCCCCAGACGCCCCCGGGGGCUGCCGCAGACCCCUCCCUCCCCAGCACGGACUCUUCAGAGCAUUCUCCCCUGGCUGGCGACGGAGCACCCUGGAGUAUGAGCAGCGUGGCUGACACGCCCAUGAGCCCCUUACUGAAGGGGAGCCUCAGCCAGGAGCUGAGCAAGAGCUUCCUGACCCUGACCCGGCCUGACCGGGCCCUGGUGCGGACCAGCAGUCGGCGGGAUCAACGCCGGGGCUACCAGCCCCUGGACCGGCGGGGCUCGGGCGAGCCCAUGCCCCAGAAAGCUGACUCUUCCGAUUCCUGCUUCAGCGGCACUGACAGGGAGACGCUGAGCAGCUUCAAAAGUGAGAAGACCAAUUCCACUCACCUGGACAGCCCCACGGGUGGGCCGGCCCCCGAGGGCAGUGACACAGACCCACCCUCGGAGGCUGAGCUGCCGGCCUCCCCUGAUGCUGGGGUCCCUUCAGACGACACCCUGCGCUCCUUUGACACAGUCAUUGGAGCAGGGACGCCACCGGGCCCGGCCGAGCCGCUCCUGGUUGUUAGGCCCAAGGACUUGGCCCUGCUGCGGCCCAGCAAACGGCGGCCACCCAUUCGGAGACACUCCCCGCCCAGCCGUGCCCCUCACCGGCCCCUGCUCGAGGGCGGGGGAUUCUUUGAGGAUGAGGACACCAGCGAGGGGAGCGAGCUGAGCCCGGCGUCCAGCCUGCGCUCACAGCACCGCUACAGCACUGACAGCUCCUCAUCCACCUCUUGCUACUCCCCUGAGAGCUCCCGGGGCACGGCAGGGGUGCCCCGGAAGCGGCGGGCCCCCCACGGGGCUGAGGAUGGGGCCGCCGUGCCCCCUAAGCGACCCUAUGGGACCCAGCGGACUCCCAGCACCGCCAGCGCCAAAACGCAUGCCCGGGUGCUAAGCAUGGAUGGGGCGGGGGGUGAUGUUCUCAGGGCCCCCCUGGCUGGCUCCAAGGCUGAGCUGGAGGCCCAGGCGGGGGUGGAGUUGGCCGCUGGGGAAUCCACUGUGCUGCCCGCCGAGGCCUGCAGGGGACCCGCUGCCAACCAACCUGGCUGGCGGGGGGAGCUGCAGGAGGAAGGAGCCGUGGGGGGAGCUGCCGAGGAGUCAGGCAAACGGGACCACUCAAGCAACGUGAGGCGGACCCAGGCAAUCCGCAGGCGCCACAAUGCAGGCAGCAACCCCACACCACCGGCCUCCGUCAUGGGUUCACCCCCCAGCAGCCUGCAGGAGGCUCAGCGGGGCCGGGCAGCCUCUCACUCGCGGGCACUGACGCUGCCCUCUGCCCUGCACUUUGCCUCCUCGCUGCUGCUCACCCGCGCUGGCGCCAACGUGCACGAGGCCUGCACCUUCGACGACACCUCUGAGGGGGCCGUGCACUAUUUCUACGACGAGAGUGGUGUGCGGCGGUCCUACACCUUUGGUCUGGCUGGAGGGGGCUACGAGAACCCCGUAGGGCAGCAGGGGGAGCAGGCAGCCAACGGAGCCUGGGACCGCCACUCACACUCCUCCAGUUUCCACUCGGCCGAUGUCCCUGAGGCAGCAGGUGGUCUGAACCUACUGCAGCCGCGGCCUGUGGUGCUGCAGGGCAUGCAGGUGCGGCGGGUGCCGCUGGAGAUCCCGGAGGAGCAGACGCUAAUGGAGGAGGCGCCGCCCCGUGCCCAGCACAGCUACAAGUACUGGCUUCUUCCCGGCCGUUGGACCUCUGUGCGCUACGAGCGGCUGGCCCUGCUGGCCCUGCUGGACCGGACGCGGGGGAUGGUGGAGAACAUUUUUGGUGUCGGGCUGAGCAGUCUUGUCGCCUUCCUGGGCUACCUGUUGCUGCUCAAGGGCUUCUUCACGGACAUCUGGGUCUUCCAGUUCUGCCUGGUCAUCGCCUCCUGCCAGUACUCCUUGCUCAAGAGCGUCCAGCCUGAUGCUGCAUCUCCCAUGCACGGCCACAACUGGGUGAUUGCGUACAGCCGGCCUGUCUACUUCUGCAUCUGUUGCCUGCUCAUCUGGCUGCUGGACGCCCUGGGCUCGGCCCAGCCCUUCCCACCUGUCUCCCUCUAUGGCCUCACGCUCUUCUCCGCCUCCUUCUUCUUCUGUGCCCGUGACGUGGCCGCUGUGUUCACCUUGUGCUUCCCGCUCGUCUUCCUCCUGGGCCUCCUGCCCCAGGUCAACACUUGCCUCAUGUACCUGCUGGAGCAGAUAGAUAUGCACGGCUUUGGGGGCACAGCUGCUACCAGCCCGCUCACCGCGGUCUUCAGCCUCUCCCGCAGUCUGCUGGCUGCUGCCCUGCUCUACGGCUUCUGCCUUGGGGCCAUCAAGACUCCUUGGCCGGACCAGCACGUCCCCGUCCUCUUUUCAGUCUUCUGUGGCCUCCUGGUGGCGCUGUCUUAUCACCUGAGCCGGCAGAGCAGCGACCCCACCGUGCUCUGGUCACUGAUCCGGAGCAAGCUCUUCCCCGAGUUGGAGGAGCGGAGCUUGGAGACGGCCCGGGCUGAGCCCCCAGACCCGCUGCCAGACAAGAUGCGCCAGUCGGUGCGUGAAGUCCUGCACUCGGACCUGGUGAUGUGCAUGGUGAUCGCUGUGCUCACCUUCGCCAUCAGCGCCAGCACCGUCUUUAUCGCUUUGAAGUCGGUGCUGGGAUUCGUGCUGUACGCACUGGCUGGGGCCGUGGGCUUCUUCACACAUUACCUGCUGCCACAGCUCCGCAAACAGCUGCCCUGGUUCUGCCUCUCGCAGCCUGUGCUGAAGCCGCUGGAGUACAGCCAGUACGAAGUGCGCGGUGCUGCACAGGUGAUGUGGUUUGAGAAGCUGUACGCUGGCCUGCAGUGUGUGGAGAAGUACCUCAUCUACCCCGCCGUGGUGCUCAAUGCCCUCACAGUGGAUGCCCACACUGUCAUCAGCCACCCGGACAAGUUCUGCCUCUACUGCCGGGCACUGCUGAUGACUGUGGCUGGGCUGAAGCUGCUGCGCUCAGCCUUCUGCUGCCCACCCCAGCAGUACCUGACUUUGGCCUUCACCGUCCUGCUCUUCCACUUCGACUACCCGCGCCUUUCCCAGGGGUUUCUGCUCGACUACUUCCUCAUGUCCUUGCUCUGCAGCAAGCUAUGGGACCUGCUGUACAAGCUGCGUUUUGUGCUGACCUACAUCGCGCCCUGGCAGAUCACCUGGGGCUCGGCCUUCCAUGCUUUUGCCCAGCCCUUCGCUGUGCCACACUCGGCCAUGCUGUUCGUCCAGGCCCUGCUCUCGGCGCUCUUCUCCACUCCGCUCAACCCCCUGCUGGGCAGUGCUGUCUUCAUCAUGUCCUACGCGCGGCCCCUGAAGUUCUGGGAGCGCGACUACAACACUAAACGUGUGGAUCAUUCCAACACCCGCCUGGUCACACAGCUGGACCGGAACCCCGGCGCGGACGACAACAACCUCAACUCCAUCUUUUACGAGCACUUGACACGCUCGCUGCAGCACACACUGUGUGGGGACCUGGUGCUGGGCCGCUGGGGCAACUACAGCCCCGGAGACUGCUUCGUCCUGGCUUCUGACUACCUCAACGCCCUGGUGCACCUCAUCGAGGUCGGCAAUGGUCUCGUCACCUUCCAGCUGCGUGGUCUGGAGUUCCGGGGCACGUACUGCCAGCAGCGUGAGGUGGAGGCCAUCACGGAGGGCGUGGAGGAGGAUGAAGGCUGCUGCUGCUGUGAGCCAGGCCACCUGCCGCGGGUCCUGUCCUUCAAUGCCGCCUUCGGGCAGCGCUGGCUGGCCUGGGAGGUGACGGCCAGCAAGUACGUGCUGGAGGGCUACAGCAUCAGCGACAACAAUGCUGCCUCUAUGCUGCAGGUCUUUGACCUCCGCAAGAUCCUCAUCACCUACUACGUCAAGAGCAUCAUCUAUUACGUGAGUCGCUCGCCGAAGCUGGAGGCGUGGCUGAGCCACGAGGGCAUUGCAGCGGCUCUGCGGCCCGUGCGGGCGCCUGGCUAUGCCGACUCGGACCCCACCUUCUCACUGAGCGUGGAUGAGGACUAUGACCUGCGGCUCUCAGGCCUCUCGCUGCCCUCUUUCUGUGCGGUGCACCUCGAGUGGAUCCAGCACUGCGCCUCCCGGCGCGGCCAGCCCAUGGACCAGGACUGGAACUCGCCGCUGGUCACGCUGUGUUUUGGUCUGUGUGUGCUGGGCCGUCGGGCCCUGGGGACGGCCUCACACAGUAUGUCUGCCAGCCUAGAGCCCUUCCUCUACGGUCUGCACGCCCUGUUUAAGGGGGACUUCCGCAUCACUUCACCGCGCGACGAGUGGGUCUUUGCCGAUAUGGAUCUGCUUCACCGUGUGGUGGCACCUGGGGUUCGCAUGGCACUCAAGCUACACCAGGACCACUUCACAUCCCCAGAUGAGUACGAGGAGCCUGCGGCCCUGUAUGAUGCCAUCGCGGCCAAUGAGGAGCGGCUGGUCAUCUCGCAUGAGGGUGACCCAGCCUGGCGCAGUGCCAUCCUCAGCAACACGCCCUCCCUGCUGGCACUGCGCCACGUCAUGGAUGAUGCCUCCGAUGAGUACAAGAUCAUCAUGCUCAACCGGCGCCACCUUAGCUUCCGGGUCAUCAAGGUGAACCGCGAGUGCGUGCGUGGCCUGUGGGCCGGGCAGCAGCAGGAGCUGGUGUUCCUGCGCAACCGCAACCCUGAGCGCGGCAGCAUCCAGAAUGCCAAGCAGGCACUCCGCAACAUGAUCAACUCCUCCUGCGACCAGCCGCUGGGCUACCCCAUCUACGUGUCACCCCUGACCACUUCACUGGCCGACAGCCACCCCCAGCUGCGGGCCCUAUGGGGUGGCCCUGUCAGCCUGGGUGCCAUCGCCCGCUGGCUCCUGCGCAGCUGGGAGAGGCUUCAUAAGGGCUGUGGGGCCGGUUGCAAUAGUGGCGGGAACGUGGAUGACUCAGACUGUGGUGGGGGCGGCGGCGGCGGCUUGACCUCCCUCAGCAAUAACCCCCCCUUGGCACACCCCACACCUGAGAACACAGCAGGCAGUGGUGAUCAACCUCUCCCACCAGGCCCUGCUUGGGGGCCACGGCCUUCCUUGACUGGCUCCGGUGACGGGCGCCCCCCCCCUCUGCUGCAGUGGCCACCCCCUCGGCUCCCUGGACCGCCCCCUGCCUCCCCUGCCCCCACCGAGGGUCCCCGGCCCUCAUGGCCCCCUGUCCCUGGUCUCCUCAGUUCUGAGGGCCCCAGUGGGAAGUGGAGCCUGGGGGGUCGGAAGGGGCUAGGGGGAUCUGAUGGGGAGCCAGCCUCAGGGAGCCCCAAAGGAGGUACCACCAAAUCUCAGGUGCCCCUGGACCUCAGCCUCCCCCCAGAUGUCAGCACCGACACCUCACCCCCCAGAGCAGCCCAGGACAUUCCCUGCUUGGACAGCACUGCCCCUGAGAAUGACAGCCCCACAGGGGCCUUGGGCGACUGGCCUGCCCCCGCCGAGGAACGCGAGAGCCCUGCUGCCCAGCCCUUGCUGGAGCACCAGUACUGAGCGGCUGGCGCCCGCUGGACCUCAUCCCAGGAGUCCGUGACUUAGCCCGGCCUCCGGCCCUCUCUGCUGGACCACAGAGUUCAGUGGCUUUGGCUCCCACAUCUGAACCUUGACCUCUGGCUGCCUCAGCCAGAGCUCUAGAACUGAGUGGCCCUGACUUCUGACCUUGACCCCUGGUCUCUUAUCCCUAGUCCAGGGCCUGGGCUCCCCAGACUGAGGUAGUCAGCAUCCCAGCCAGGCCCUAAGAGCCAAGCCCAUGGGCUGGUCCCGUUUGGAGCCCGUGGCCAGGACUGACUCGCCCUGUGCCUGCACUGCCGCUGGCUUGGCCCCCUGGGCCUGGACCUGGGUCUGAAAUGUGGGAAGGGUGGUUUCUUUUCUUUUUUUUUUUUUUUUUGGUCAUUUUUUUU